GUUUGGUGACAGCUCUGGAAAGCUGGCCAGAUCCAAGCCAUCCAAAGCGCGCCAUCCUCGAGACACCGGCCACAGAACAGCAGCAGACGAGCGAGGAGUCAAUUCCAUCUUUCACCUCCUCAACUCUCUCGCGCUCGACCCGCCGGCGUCCACCCGCUUUCACCAUGAUCACAGACACGGAGCUCUACCGCCUGGCCAUCGUCCUCGGCUCGGCUGCGAUGGUGCUUAUCAUUCUCUACCACUUUUUCGAAGUCAACUCUGGCGAAGAGAGCAGCACAUUGAAGGACAAAGCGCCAAGGAAGGCAGGGGCGCAAACUACACCCGCAUCAACCAAGACAAAAUAGACGGCGUGGUGGGAUUGGGUGUACGAUACAGUGAUGGAGGGUACGACUCGUUUUCCGGUUCGAGACGUUGCGCGGCGCGGCGCUAUGAUCGCAUGCCGGCACACAGGGCCUUUCCGCGCCGCCUGGGAUGGUCGAUACAGCGAGCGAAGUUGGUGGUGCUAGGCAGGAGAGACAAUGUCCGCUAGGGCCGCAACGGCAUGGCAGGCCGGAUGGCAGAAGGCUAAUAUUUUCGACACAUUGGUGGUUUAGGCGCCCUGGUCUUCUGUGCUGGAACUGCGUCGACCGUGGGCGCAAUGGGUGUUUGCAGGCGAGUCACGUUCUUGCCGCAGGAUAUGGUUGGUCUCUUCCUCGUCCGAGCUGCUACAGCGUAUUUUUCGAAACAAGGAACAAGUGGCAGACGAC